UGGCCGAGCCGGGAGAGACUGAGUAGGAGCUGGAGACAGAGCUUAGACUGAGCGGACUGAUUAAGGUGAGCAUACUCGGAGGAAGAGCGAGCAGCUGAGCCACUAGGGACGUCUGGACCCAGAGUGAGUGGGCUUGGGGACCGAAAGCAGACGGUGGUGUUGGGAGGGAUUGCAUCACGUGGCAGGCGCGACUGCAGAAGGACCCGCUCAGGGAUCCUAAUGGUGAUAGAUUGGAAAAGGGUGGGCGGCAGGUCUCUACCGCGGAGGUUCCUGUGGGGUCACUAGGUGGGUUUGGGUGCCCAGAUUUACGGAGUGCCGGAGGCGGGGCCUCAGGCACGAGACUCGCUGCUAGGUCAGGCUGGGGAAUAGCCCAGGAUCUCAGCGGGCGGACGGGAAGGUGUCAAAUCAGGUACUCUGAACCGAGGGAAGAAAAGAACAGAAGCGGUGUCAGGCCAAGAGCUGCUCUGCCGAGGCCAGGGAGGCAGCCCCAGUUUCUUAAUUGGUGGAGGCGGGGCUUGGGGAGAUGACUUUUUCUAUUGUCUCCAAGACACGUAAUAUUGGGGAGUUGGAGUGCAGGUACCGUCCAGCGCAGCCCAGUCAGUCUCCCAGUCCGUUUCCGAAUCCUUAGACUCUGGUUUCAAACUCCCUCGCUUUGCUCUUCAGUUGCAGGUUCCGAUCUUUGGGUGUUUCAGGAGCUGCCCUCCAGCCCCUGCUCUGGACCUAUGGAGUCUCCAUCUAGCGUUUCUUCCUAUUCCUCCUAUUCUCUGUCUUCCUCUUUUUCCACCUCCCCAGUGAACAGUGACUUUGGCUUCCCCUCUGAUAGCGAGAGGGAGGACAAAGGGGCCCAUGGGCCCAGGCCAGACACUGUUGGGCAGAGGGGAGGUUCUCGGCCCAGCCCGGGUCCUAUCCGCUGCAGGCAUCGAUCCAAGGUUUCCAGUAACCAACACACAGGAUCUCGCCUGGAACAGCGGGGCAUGGCUUCUCCUAUGGCAGGAUCUGGGGUCAAAAAAGCAAGAGAUGAUGAAUUGGAGACCAGUCUGAACAUCCAGGGUGGUACCACAGAGGGAGACCUGCUGUUUGCUCAGAAGUGUAAGGAACUCCAAGGGUUUAUACGCCCACUCACAGACCUACUGAAUGGGCUGAAGAUGGGUCGUUUUGAGAGAGGGUUAAGCAGUUUCCAGCAGAGUGUGGCAAUGGACAGGAUCCAGCGUAUUGUAGGUGUUUUGCAGAAGCCACAGAUGGGGGAACGUUAUCUAGGAACCCUGUUACAGGUAGAAGGGAUGUUAAAGACUUGGUUUCCUCAUAUAGCUGCCCAGAAGUUGUCACUGGGUGAUAGAAGCCAUCAGCUGACCAAGCAUUUUCCAAGCCACCACAGUGAUUCAGCAGCUUCCUCUCCUGCACCUCCUGUGGAAAAGAUGGGCCAGACACAGCUGGGACAUCUAGUUCUGAAACCAAAGCAGCCCUGGCACCUCACAGAAUGGCCAGCUAUGAACCUUACCUGGAUCCACACCACUCCAAUUUGCAAUCCCCCCCUCAGUUCCCCAGAUACAGUCUCCAUGAGCCAUGGUACUCUAGGCACUGGAACCAGCUUUGGGGUCAUCCUUUUCCUCCAACAUGGAGUACAGCCCUUCACUCACUCUGCCCCAGCUACUCCAGUUCCACCUACUUCAGCAGCUCCUGUCGUCCCUGGCGAUUCUAAAACACUAUCUGGAGGGGGGCCUCGUUGCCACAGUUUGCCAGUAACUCUGCCAUCAGACUGGAGUUGUUCCCUGUCCCCUUCUAGUCUACCCAGCAUGGCCAGCGAAAUGACCACAGGACGUCUAGAACAGCAGAUGAGAAGCCAUCCUCCAGUUGCUCCUGACGCUCAUCUUCUCAACCCCUGACCUAGGGUGUGCAACUGUCUUUAUGGUUUCUAAUUUGUGUAAAUAUAUCUGUAUAUAUUUUUUACUUUUAAUGAGUGUAUUUGUGUUGAGAGAAGACAAACCCUUUCUGAUUAAAGACUUUUUUUUUUAACCU